AUGAAACGACUCUUGGCUCUUCUGGGCUUCUGCCUGGCGAUCUCUUCCUCCGCUACCUCGUGCAAGAGCGACGAACGUCUGGUCCAUGACAUCUCAAAGGCCGGCCCCUAUGGCGGCGAGCUCCAGCUGACUCGCGCUCUCGCCCAGGCCCAGCUCGUUGCCACCAUCCACGACCGGCUAGAAAGCGCCGGCGUGUGCUAUUUCGCCACCAGCCCGGACCUCGCCAUCGAGUCCGCCAACUUCGCCCUCGCCCAUCAGGUUUUGCUUGCUGAGCUCGCUGCCAGCAGCAACUACAUCGUGCAGGACAACAAGGACCUGGACCACCUCAAGGUGUCCAUCGUCAUCGAUGGCGAGGCCGCCGUCCACGUCAACCUGUUCGUCUACUCGCGCUCCGAGGACGGCCAGCGCCUCGUCCACCCGUUGUUGUCCUACCAGCCCGCCAUCGAGACAGUCUUCCCCACCAAGCUGGCUUCGUACUUCGAAGGUUCGAUCCGCGUGCCGGCCGACACCAGGGCGUUCCUCUUGGGUCAGCACGGCAGCGAGCUCGAUGCACCCAGCAAGGCCUUCUCGUGGACCCACAUGUCCUACGUCGUCCCCCACGCUGGCAUGACCACCGAGUUCCCGCUGGUGAGCGUGAUCAUCCCGACCUACGAGCGUCCUCAGUUCCUGGCCAAUGCCAUCAACCUCAUCCAGAGGCAGGACUACCCCAAUGUCGAGAUCAUCAUCGUUGAUGACGGUCGCGUGCCGGAGAUGGAGAACUCGGAGAUGACCGCCGUGCUGUCAGCCAGCAACGUGCGCUACAUUUACAUGACCGAGCGCAUCUCGAUCGGCGCCAAGCGUAACAUCGCCGUCGCGCAAGCCACCGGCGAGGUCGUGGUCCACUGGGACGACGACGACUACUUCCGGGAGCACCGUAUCUCAGCCCAGGUGGCGCCCAUCAUCCGUGGUGAGGUCGACAUGACCGUGCUCGAGCACCACUACUACUACAUCCUCUCCACCCAGUCCUUCUACAUCAUCAAGCGCGCCGCCUCGUGGGGUCCCCACUUUGGCACCUUCGUCUACCGCAAGAGCCUGUUCGACUGCGGUAUCCGUUACCCUGACAACUCUAUGGCCGAGGACUACGCCUUCGCCGAGUUCGCCCUCAAGAAGGGUGCCACUGUAUCAGUGAUGAACAACGAAGACGGCAAGCACGUGUACGUGCGUCACCACAACACGUGGAAGUUCGAUUUCGCCGACUUCGAUGUGCAGGUGGAGAAGGUCGAUCGUCCCGGGUUCCUUUCCGAUCGCGACUGGGAGCACUUCUCGACCGUCAAGUCAGAGCCCAUUGUCACCCAGCCCCCCAACUACUACGCGUCGGCCCUUCUUCAGUGGGAUCGCCCCGAGCUGAGGCCCACUUGGACGGACGCCUCCUACCUCGACUACCCUCACUACCCGCUCUAUCCACCGAUCCCUUCAGGUCUGGUCGUGGCCGAGUUUAACCUCACCGUUCCGGUGGUUACCAUAAGUCAAUCAGGAGGAGAGGCGACACAACAGGUCAUCGACCUCAACCUGGUGAGUCUGGAAGAGAUCGACGAUGCCACAGCGCUGCAGGACAUCGAUCUUCAGACUGUGGGCUGGAUGAUGGAGCAAAACAAUGGCUCAGCACCAGGUGGCGAUAUCACCGAGACCAUCUUCACCAGCCAUCUCGGCACGGUGACCAGUGGAGCCAACAAUGCGACAAUCCAAUACCUUUUUAACACCUUUGGCUCGGACGAGCUCAUCACCACCGGGAGCAACUACUCGUUCACGGUGACGCCAGCGUUGCUCAAGUUUUCGCUCAACGUCGCCUCGUGGAAAUGGAACUCUACGUCGGGCAAGCUGCGGUUGACGAUCAAGAUCGAUCCCCCGUUCGUGAGCUUCACCCGGUGGGAUGACACGCCGCAGGUGGGCAUGACCACGUUCCUCUUCUCGAGCGCCACGGCCGAUCAGGCCAGCACCGUGGUGCGUCUGCUCAACUUUGGCGAGGCUUUGGGAGAAAGCCCGUCGCGCGUGUCGAUGGAAGCUUCGGCAGAGGUCACCAGCUCGUCGCUGUCCCUCACGUUUGAUCACUUUAACGACACUCUCUCGUUCGACCCAGAUAUUGGACUGUUGCUGGGCAGCCACGGAGGAAGUGGUCAAGGGGAAAGCAACGACAACUUGGGCCUCAUCAUCGGCGUGUCCGUGACGAUACCACUAGCUCUUGCAUUCGUCGUGUUGUUCAUCUCCGUGGUGUCAGUGGUGGCUGUGCUCAAGCGCAGAGCGGCGCGAGCCAGGAGCAGAGGAGCGAUUGCCUUUGACGCUUCCCUCAACAGUGACGAUCAGCUCUAG